UAAUGACGAGUUCGAUUGUGUAAAUUUGUUGUUUCGAUCCUCUCAGUUCUCGCCGAAGUGAUUGUUCAUUCCGCGGAUUGAUUUCAUGUAGCGAGUUGCGGGAAAAUGGUGGCCUGUUAAUGCCCAGUGGUGAAGAUUUAAGCAGGUGGAAGCCAGAGAGUGAAUGUUGGGUUUCUUAUCAAUUUCUCAAACAUCGCUUUUCUUCACUCUUCGUUUGUUCUCUUCUAAAUAAAGUCGACGCAGUUUUUUUCGUUCUAAAUACGAACACAUUCAUCAUUUAAACCCAAGUCUUGAACUAUUCUGAUAUCUCUGUUUACUGUUGAUUUCCCAUGAACUUUUGUCUGAUUUUCAGGGGGAAAUCAUUAAGCUUACUGCGGAAUUAAUGGUACUGUCUGUUCAUAAUCAUCAAGUCCUUUAACCCUUAUCUUUUCUUUCCAGCAUUUGUUGAUAAAAUGUGAGGAUCGCUGUUGCUUGCAUUGGAUUUUGUUAUGUUUAAGAACAAUAAUUCUUCUGGUGAUAUUUGAAAGUGCUUGAAAUUGACCUCAAAUGAUGUAAUAAGGUUGGGAAAAUUGAACUUUCACCGGUUUCUGCUUGUGGAUUACUAUCAUUGGAUAGAGAUUUUCUAUGUUUAUCCCCAAAAAUUAGUCUCUUCUGAGUUAGGAAUCAAGAAUUUAAAUCUGGUUAGAAGAUCUUUGUUGAUUUUGAGAUGGAGUCUGGUGAUGUUGAACAAUCCUUGCUUCCCAAGCUGUCCGAUUCCAAAAAGAGCAAUUCUCUCCAGAGAAGAAAAUCGAUCCAUCAUGAAAUUUUUUCACGUUCAUUAGAACAUAACAAUCAACCACGAAACGGUGAUGAAACGUCUCAUCAACGUGUGAUUGUUAAACAAGUUAGUUUUAGGAAAGUAUUUGUUGUGCUGGCUAUUUAUUUGGGAGGAGGAACACUUUGUUUCUUCCUUGUUGGAGAUCAAAUCAAUGGCAAGAAAACAAACGGGAUUGUUGAUGCCAUUUACUUUUGUGUUGUGACAAUGACCACUGUUGGGUAUGGUGAUCUUGUUCCUAAUAGCAUUGGUGCAAAACUACUUGCUUGUGCUUAUGUCUUCACUGGAAUUACUCUUGGUGGGAUGCUUCUUAGCAGGGCGGCCAAUUACAUUGUCGAAAAGCAGGAAAUUCAUCUGGUUAAGGCCAUUUUCAUGAGCAAAAAGAUCAGCUCCGGUGAGCUCCUUCGAGAGUCUGUGGCACACAAACUCAAAUACAAAAUCAUUAUGACUGGAAUCGUCCUUUGGGUUCUCGUUGUUGUCGGUAUUCUUUUCUUGAUUCUGGUUGAGAAGUUUGAGUUCACAGAUGCCUUUUAUUGUGUUUGUUCCACAAUCACAACUCUUGGCUAUGGGGACAAGAGCUUCUCUACAACAACUGGUCGUGUUUUUGCUGUCAUUUGGAUAAUGAGCAGUACCAUCUGCUUGGCACAGUUCUUUCUGUACCUUGCCGAAUUACGCGCCGAGAGGAGACAGAAAUCACUAGUGAAUAGGGUUCUCUCCCGAGACCUCACUUUCUCUGAUCUCGAAGAAGCAGACCUUGAUCAUGAUAAAGUAGUAAGUGCUGCUGAAUUUGUUGUAUAUAAACUGAAGGAAAUGGGAAAGAUCAAUCAGGAAGAUGUUUCUCCAAUACUUGACACUUUUUAUAAGCUUGACAUUGAUCAAUCAGGAAACUUAACAGAAGCUGAUUUAGUAACUUCAUAGUCGUCGGCGUAUUGACCCGAACUCAUAUCAGACAAUAGCUCACGUAGAGCAUCGAUGAGGUGAUCCUUGCUCCUUAAUUUGUCCACUUUCUUAGUAGAUAUAAGCCUCAUGUUCAUGGCUAACUUUUAACUGAUCAUUCAUCAGAAAUUUCCUUUACCCAUUUGGAUUCAAACAGAAUAUGUGAUGAAUGCAUGCAUUAUUGCACUCCGAUUCUAUUUACAAACCAUUUUAGAAUUGA